AUGUGGCUGUCGCUGGCGGACUGGAGAUGCUCCACAGCAGCACACGAUGAGACCCUUUUUCGGUUCACCCGCGGCCGAUUCCUUACCGACGAAGCCUAUGAACUGGCCAAGAGACACAUUCGUUUCAACGUGGAUGAACUCGCCCGCUUAGCCGUCCAGGCCGCAGAGGCUGCAAAUAAGGGGCCGCGGACGUGUAUCGCCAUUGAAAAACUGGCCGACGGGAUGCACAGCAAGGCUAUACGCUUCACCAUGGACAAUGGGUUCCAAGCAGUGGGCAAAGUUCCGACUCCGAAUGCUGGGCUUCCGCGCUUAACCACUGCCUCGGAAGUCGCGACUAUGGACUUCAUGCGCAACGUCCUCGGUACGCCAGUUCCCAGAGUUCUCUCGUGGAGUUCUUCGGCCGACAAUCCGGUGGCGGCGGAGUACAUCCUCAUGGAGAAUGCACGCGGCGUGCCACUGAGUAGCCUGUGGGACAAACUGGGUGUGCGGGUUAAGUUCAAGGUGCUUGAAAAAGUCGCCGCCUACCAGCAGCGCUGGUCCCAGGUUCGCUUUACGCAGUAUGGGAGUCUAUACUACCGAGGGGACCUCGACCGGUCAAGUUCCAGUCCCGGCCUCCGGUACACGGACAAAGAUGGGAAUUAUGCUGUUGAUGAGAGGUUCGCUGUGGGGCCUUCGGUGAGUCGGCAAAAUGUCGAUGACGGCAGGGCAGACUUGGGUUUUGACCGAGGCCCCUGGGAUACCGUUGACGCUUAUGAGCGGGCAACGGGAGAGCGCGAAGCUUAUUGUACCAGGAGUAUGGAGCAACUGCCACGAUCGCCCAUUGCGAUCCACUAUUCGGGGACGUACCAGCCGUCGCGCGAGACCAAGCUUUUCGCGAUCGAGAGCUUCCUCAAAGUGGUAGAUCUCUUACUACCCGGGGACGAGGACAUAUCAGCGUCCUGCAUCUGGCAUGAUGACCUGCAUGUCGAGAAUGUCUUUGUCAAUCCAGAGGAUCCAUCGGAGAUCUACGCCUUCAUUGACUGGCAAUCUACAGAACUCGCCCCGCUAUACCAUCACACCAUCGAGCCGUAUAUCCUAGACUACCAUGGCCCACCAUUCGAAGGCCUCCUCGACCGACCGAAGCUCGCCGACGUCAAAGCGCUGUUCCAGGACGAACACGACCAAGCAGCCGCAACCCGCAAAGCGGAGACCUUAUUCACUAGCAUGUCUCUGCUCGCCCUUUACAGAUAUCUCCUGCACAAAACGAUGCCCCGGUUGUUCAAGGCUCUCGAGUUCCGGCAGACCGACUGCUUCGACCUACUUCUGUUCGCACGGAACCUUCUUGUCGACGGCGAGGCUACCUACCUCGGACCCCUAGCCAAGCAGCAAGAGGAAAAUUGGGCUGGUGUCUCGAGGAUCUUGGGGACUGGAACCAAGGCACCGCUUACGUUCUCGGACGAUGUGCUCCAAAAGAUCAAAUGUGAUGGCGCGGGCGCUUCGGCAGCAAUGGCGCUGAUGGGAGACGUGCAGCGUAUGAUCGGCAGCCAGUACUUCCAAGCCCGGGGAUUGGUGAGCCAUGCGCAAUUCGCGGAGCUGGAACGAAUUCUCCCCAAGGCGAGAGAUGACUUUGUGCGGGCGCAUGCGCGCAAUGCGAAAGAAGAGCGGGAGCUCACUCGCGCGUGGCCGUUCGAUAUACCCGGAUCGCGGUGCGAUUAUCUGGGGCUUGAACGCACCAGAGCCUAA